CACCAGAGUGGCCGUCCGCCGCGUCUUCCACGUGGUGCCGUGGCCAUGACUCCGCACGGCUUCAGGCGCGAUCUUCCAUUCCUCCACAGGAACUGGAUAGAUGGAUUACAAAAUGCCAUGGAGCCACGACCGCCGAGGCGCCUGGACAACCACCUGAUGGAUGGGUGUCGGCCUACCAAAAAGCGUCGCCUUGAGCGAGAUGCAGGAGUGUACAAUCCGUACCUGGCUGCCAAGGCUGUCGGUCUGCCGGAGGAGGCUGGCGACCAGCGACAGGCGCUGUGCAUCAACGUCCUGAGGAUACAGCACAAGGACACCCCUAAGGCUGGCGCAAGUGCAUCUUCUCAACACCUAGACGGCCCCGCCGAGAUCUCUCGGGCUCGGUGCAAAGUCACAAUUCAUGCCUGUGAGAAUGGCAGCAAGGAGCUUCUCUUCUGCGCCAGUCAGGUGUGCAGCGUGCAGACCUACAAAAACCCUUCGGCUCCGGGCUACGUCGCCAAGAUAAACCUACCAAAGCCCUUCAUAGUCCCUGCGGAUAUGAUUAUGAUCGAUCGCCAUGAGCACAACCACAUCUUCGACCUGGCUGCCUCGUACACCACUGAAAUCGAGCUUGGGGGCGUCGGCGAUGCCUCGUGGCCGCCCUUCAAAUUGAUAAAAAGCGACGCUGCUGACGCCUUUUCGGUCUCGUAUAGACCUGAUGAGCGUCAAAAAUGGUCCCUUGUCGCGGUCAUUGAUGACAUCUGUCCCAAGUCUUUGGCUCCUGACAGUCUUUCACUGAGACACAGAAGCAUAGAGAUGCCUGAUUGUUCUACUGAUCUUGUGCUCAAGAAGGAGAUCCUGUGGACAACAGGCUUUACUGAAAAGGCGACCAAGGGGUUAUCAGCGGACACGGGGGAUGCCAAGACUCCAACGCGUCCAGCUAUGAACGGCACGGCGGUCAACGGUAUGGCCAAUGGGCAUGUGAACGGGUUUUUGCCCAAUGGGUAUUCACACCACGGGCCUGAACUGACCAACGGUAUCAGUGCCAACGGCCAUGUCAAUGGCCAUGCGGAGGAGGAUGACGAUGCGGAGGGAGAGCUCACCCCCAACAGGUCCCUCCGGACCCGUGGCCCAGCCAAGAGCUACAACCUCAAGGAACUCAGCGACAAGGCACAUGGCACAGAGCGCAGAAGACGUCGCAAGCUUGGCGAUAUGGACAAGGAGGAAAGGGCAGCAGCAGAUGGAAUUGGGCGCAAUGUUGUGUACAAGCUCCCAUCUGAGGAAGUUACCGUUGAAGGUCUCAGCUGUUGUGUCUGUGGUGCCACGUCUCCGUCCACACAGCAGUUGAGGGCACACUUUUUUUGCCAUCCUCGCUAUCAGUUUGAUUUCAUGGAGGCGCGUCACGGAAAAGAUGCGCCGCACGUUGUCUUCGUUUCGCUCGACGCCAUGGCCGCAGAGGGACAGUCCAUGCAACCUAGGGUCUUUCAAUUAUGCAGAGCCAAAGGGCCAUUAGAUUUGUCGAGAUAUCUGGAUGGAGAUCACUCAUGGGUCACGUCUCGUUUUGGCCCCGAUCAUGGCAGCACACCUGAUGAAUACCAUUCGCUGAGGCCAGUGGUAUUGAAGCCAAAGCCCACGACUCGUCGCCCAGAGAACAGUGAGAGUAGUACCAGCAUUCGGAGCAAUGCUGGGAGUCGGGCUGUUGUUCCUCGCAUCAAACAGCGCCUCUUUCAUCCGCUCAGCAAGGCCCUCUUGGAGCCAGGACAGCCGGUUCCCGUUGUUGAACCCGACACCGACUGGUUAAUACAAAAGCACCGCGAUCAUCUGCAAGACUUUGUUGAUAUAGAAGACGGUGAGAAAGAAUACAUGAUGGAGUGGGAUGCUUUUGCCUUCAAGGAGCAGCUCUCAUCCAAUGCUUACAUCGUGCGGGGUCUCCUGGCUUUUGUGAGGGCCAAGGCGCCAUGGUUGCUGGCAAAGAAUACGCGCAUGCUUGAGUUCGGCAAGCACAUGGCAACCUUGAGGGCGAGAGGGAGCAUCAAGAGUGGAACAAUCGAAGAAGCUCUCAAGAUUGUUGCUGAUGCGCGGCGGAAGGGUCUUGCGGCCCCAUUAAUCGCUGCUUCAGGGGCGUCGGAACCAAAGUCUAGCCUACAAAGAUCCAAGGGCGCAUGUGUUAUUUGCCGCAAGCCAGCUCUGGGGCCAUCUUUGUUGAUUUGCUCGAACAAGGAGUGCCCGAAACGUUGUUAUCACAGCCACUGUGUCCGGCCCGUGGCAAAGGUCUCGGUGGACAAGAAGAGGGAAUGGUUGUGUAAUGACUGUGUGGGCUCUUGA